AUGAGAGAAAUUAUUCACCUUUCUACAGGACAAUGCGGUAAUCAAAUCGGUGCUGCCUUCUGGGAAACCAUCUGUGGAGAACACGGAUUAGAUGCCCAAGGUAACUACCAUGGGUCAUCUGAACUUCAAAAGGCAAGGCUUAAUGUUUAUUUUAAUGAGGCCUCGUCUGGAAAAUAUGUUCCAAGAGCUGUUCUUGUUGACUUGGAACCUGGUACUAUCGAUGCUGUGAAAUCAUCAGAGUAUGGUAACUUAUUCAGACCGGACAACAUGAUCUAUGGGCAGUCUUCUGCAGGAAAUGUCUGGGCAAAGGGCCACUAUACUGAGGGAGCCGAGUUGGUCGACUCUGUCAUGGAUGUAGUCAGAAGAGAAGCAGAAGGAUGCGAUUCCUUACAGGGAUUUCAAAUAUCCCACUCUUUGGGUGGAGGAACGGGCUCUGGUAUGGGUACUUUGUUGAUCAGUAAGAUUAGAGAGGAAUUUCCCGACAGAAUGAUGGCCACUUUUUCUGUUUUACCCUCUCCAAAAGUCUCCGACACCGUUGUUGAGCCUUACAAUGCUACAUUGUCCAUCCAUCAGCUCGUUGAGAACUCUGAUGAGACCUUCUGUAUUGAUAAUGAGGCCUUGUAUGACAUCUGUGUCAACACUUUGAAGCUUCAACAACCUUCUUAUAAUGACUUGAAUCAUUUGGUUUCCGCUGUGAUGUCUGGUGUCACUACUUCGCUUCGUUUCCCAGGUCAAUUAAACUCCGAUUUGAGAAAAUUGGCCGUGAACUUGGUGCCAUUCCCUCGUCUUCACUUCUUUAUGGUGGGUUAUGCUCCUUUGACUUCACUUGGUUCCCAAUCAUUCAGAUCGUUGACCGUUCCUGAAUUGACUCAACAAUUGUUUGAUUCCAAAAACAUGAUGGCUGCUGCUGAUCCAAGAAAGGGUAGAUAUCUCACCGCUGCUGCUUACUUCCGUGGUAACGUGUCAGUUAGGGAAGUUGAAGAUGAAAUGCAUAAGGUUCAAACUAAGAACGCUGACUAUUUCGUCGAAUGGAUUCCUAACAAUGUUCAGUCUGCCGUUUGUUCUGUGCCUCCUGCAGGCUUGGACAUGGCUGCUACCUUUAUCGGUAACUCUACCUCGAUUCAAGAUCUUUUCAGACGUGUCGGCGAUCAAUUCAGUGCUAUGUUCAGAAGAAAGGCAUUUUUGCACUGGUAUACCAGUGAAGGUAUGGAUGAGAUGGAGUUUGUUGAGGCCGAGUCUAACAUGCAGGACUUGGUUAACGAGUACCAGCAGUAUCAGGACGUCAAUGAUGCUGAAGAUGAUGCCGAACCUGCCGAGUAUGCCGACGAAGCACCUAUGGAGGAUGAUAAUGUCGCCUGA